GGGUUUGCAGCACUGGCCCACGCCGUGCAGGCUGCAGAGCAGGUCAGAUGCAUCCGUGGGCAUGUGCUGUUUGUGCAGGGCUGUUUGUGUGCUGGCUUUCUUGCAGUGCUUGAUCCAGGCAUCCCUUCUUGGGGCUGCGAUGGUGCAUCCAGCCCUUUGGUUUCAUGGCCUCUCUCAUCUUUGGAUAGAUACGGAAACAUCCCUUUAAAAAAACCAAACAAACCAGCAAGCAACAGAACUCUCCCGCAACUGGGCGGUGAGGGAGGAGGGAGGUUCUCUCGGGGGUGCUUGUGAGCGGGUGAGCCGGGCCGACACGGACACCUAGCGACCAGCCGGGCAAGCCCGCUGACGGCUCUGCCGGCCCCCGGAGCUCCGGCGGGCAGGGGGGGCUGCCCGCCCCCCGGAACGGCUGCCCCCCGGCAGCCUGGCCCCCUUCCCCUGCAGGCUUUGCGGCCGAAGGCGUGCCUCGGGUCACCCUAAAGAGGCAGAGAAGUGGAAAUUGCCGAGACAGAUGCGGCGGGGGUGCUUUGCCAGGGAACGCUGCGGGUGAGAAACAGCAGGCUGCGGCGCCCCGCUGGCAGCGGAGCUGGAGCCUUCGCUCCUCCGUGCUCGCAGUCCCGCGUGGGGGGCGGGUUCCGCGGGGAGCCCCGGCCCGGUCCCGUCGCGGCGGAGGGCGGGGGGCCGGGCCGGGCUCCUGCUGCCGCCCGCCGCGCCGCGCACACGGCAGCGCUGCCCCGGGCGGGGCCGGGCCGGGAAGGGCUCCUGCCCGGCUCGGGAAGGGCUCCUGCCCGGCUCGGGGGUGCUUCCUCUCUUUGUCCGAAGCCGCUGCUGGGUCCGCGGCCCCAGGCGGCUCAGACCUGCGCUGCUCCGUGUUCGGAAGCCCGAGCAUCCCUGCGCUGCGGGCGGAGGAGAAACCGGCUCACCUGGUCCGUUUGGGCUUCAAUUGAGCUUUGCACAGCUCAAAGAGGAACCGGAGUCCUUCGGCAGAGGGAGAAAAGCCCCCGUUGCACAGCGCAAACAAGCUGAAGGCUUUGCUCGCAGCACAGCUGGCCCUGCCCACUCCCUGCUCCGACCCCCGGUCCUUGCCGGUGAGGAGCACGGUGUGGUUGUGUCCUCCGAAAGAAGGAGCUACAGGACACGGCAGUCGGGAAAGCAGCUGGCGUAUGAAAUGAGCCCUGUCGUCAGCGAGGUCUCACAUCCCUGAGGCCCAGGGCUCCCGUCUUCCCUAGCGCCCAACCGUGCCAGGGCUCAGGGCACAGGCAUGCCCUUCAGGGUGCGCAUCCCCUGUUGCUGGUCCCCCAGAGAGCCCCGCAGACAGAGCCCCUGCAGCUCAAAGGGAAAAGAUUAAGGGGAGCGAAAAGCUGUGUCUGGCUCCCUGCACAGGGGGAUCUCUGUCUCGGCACCAGAUGGCAUUAAUAGCUUUAUUCUGCAUGGCUUGCGGUCACCCACAUGUGCACGCGCACUUGCACAGCCCUUCACAUCCCCCCGAUGGGGCUCAGGUGCUGUGCCAUGGGUCGGGGACGCUGACAGGGUGUGCAGCGGUGGAGUAGGUGCUGCCAGCACCUGAAGACUUGUGCUGGGGGUUAUGUUUGGAGGCCAGGCUCUUAUCAGAGCUAAACUGUGAGCAACCCAGCUAGGUGUCCCUCCAGGAUGGAGCCAGGGAACCUGGGAACCAGGGAAAGGCAUAAGCCAAUUGUACAAUGCAUCGUGAAUGUGGCCUUGCUGUGCCAAGGCUGCCGGCAGCCCCUGCUUGCCAGGCCGGCACACGGGCACGAGCCGCCUCUGAGGCAGGGCUUUCUGCUCCGCUCCAUGCCUCCACAGUCCUUUGCUUUGCACAUUGAGCCUGGGAGCUGUGGGAGUGGGAAACUGGGAAGACCACUGAAAAGGUCACCAUGUCUCUGCCUGGCUGCCCUUCUCUUGCCGCUGCCGUGGUGAAAGGCUCCUGCUCUCCCCAGGGCCUGGGUGGGAGAAGUUGUGGUCCCUGUCGGAGGGAGCCCCAUGGGACAAGCCCCAGCCCUGCAGCCCUUUCUCUGUGCCCGCAGCCCUGUGGGUCAGCUGGGAGCUGGCAACCUCGGCAAGGAGGCGUUCAUCUUCUUCCCUGAAACAGGCAAUCUUGGAGGAUUUCUCUCACAGUCCCUUGAGCCAUUAAUCUUCUCAAAGUAAAUCCUUUCUGUGACACAAAGGGGAUUGGGUAAAUAAUACAGUGGACAACUGGAGUGUCCUUUUCCUCUGGGAAGACUUCCAGUUCCAAACAGCUUCCCCUUGGCACUGGCUAUUCCCUGCUUGCUUCGCCAGUCUCUGGACAGACAGGUACCAGGAAGAGGGGCUCUGACCGGCUGUGGCUCGGCUAUCUUUUGUGCUUAAUCCAUGGCUGAAUGUGAGGAUAUGAGGCACCAGGGCAGGAACAGAAGGAGCAGCAGCCAGGGAGGCUGGCCGCUCAGCUUGCCCAGCCUGGAGCCCGCCAGCACUGCUCCGCCAUCUCCGUGAUGCCAGGGACGCGCUUGGCCCGCGAGGAAACGUGAAUGCAAAAUGUCUCCUCAUUAGUUAAAACAGGAGAGCAGCAAAUGGUGACUAAUGGAGCCAAAGAGGAACACUUGAUGGAGAGAUGGGGCCGGGCUGGCGAGGAGCCAGCCACACGCCUUGUUCUCCCUUUGUUCUCCUCCCGAAAAGGCAGCACAUUCAUCAACAGCAACAUGUCUGCCAAAACAGCAAUGCUCCACAGUCUUAAAUUAUCCUCCCAACCAAAGUAAAUAACAUUUCAGCCCUCAUUUCCAUGUUGCACAUGCCCCAAAGCAGUGGUUAUUAGGAAAUAACUGCUCACAUGAAGAUGGACAGCUGCCCCGGAGCUGCCCCCGCAGAACAGCCAUGCAGCAGUGAUGCCGUGUGGGCACGGCCCCAGCAUCUCAGCUGCAGCAGGACGAGCCCAGGGAUGGAUGGACUGGCUCCUCGCAGUAGGUUUCACAGUGGGCUGAAGCUAGGAAGCAGAGAAAGGUCCUUAUGAAUCCAGUCUCAGGAUGAGGAUGUCUCAGGACCAUGCCUUGGCCUUCCUAAAACUUUGCAGAGCCCCUGGUGACUCCAGGCUUGCCUUGGAGCUGGCAAGGACUCGCCUCCAUCGUGCAGGGCUUCCCUCUGCUCGGUGUUGGGGCUCCCGCCAGGCCUGGGUGCACACCUCCACACAGCCCCAUCGUGGCUGGGCUUGAAAACCCGAGAUGCGGAAAUACUGCUCAGUGACACGAGCACAAGCUCUGCUGCAAGUCUCUCUAGAUUUGCACUCCUAAGUCACUUGGGCAUCAGGGAAAUCCUGCCCGCAGCUGUGUGUUGGGACUGUAAGAGCCGGCCAGGAUGGGUGCGCGGACCGGUGGGCCCAUGCUCGCAGCUUGCCCCGGGGUCUUGGUGGCAAGCGGUGCCUGCGGGCCGGGGCAAGGGCUCCUGGCACCAGCUGCAGCCCCGGGAGAACCCGAGCCACGCUUUCCCACUCCGCGCUGUGACGAUGCAACGCUAGAGGGAAGCAAAAAUCAAGCUUCUUGCCUGGAAAGACUUCCCUGGAAAGAGGGAGCGUGGUCUGGUCCCGGCUGCCCGGUCCUGCCCACGCCAGCAGCAAAGCCCGGCUCUGGGCACGGGUUCCCGCUUGGCCCCGGGGGGGGCCUGGAGCCCCUCACAAGCCGCGGGGGAGUCGAAUCUCACCCCUUACGGAAACGCAGCCGAGUCUGUAGUGCAAGUGGCCCAAGGGGCUCGAGGAGGGUUCCGUUUGUGAGCACGUUGACCUGCUGGCAUCUGCCAGGGCAUGGGCUUGCCAGCCCCCUUUACCCGGGUACAAGCCCCUCGCCACCGCCGGGCAUUUAUCCUGCCGCUGCCCCAUGUGGCAGCUGCUCACACCCCCCUGCCGCCGGGGAAACUGAGGCACGGGGCGGGGCUGCAACAUACCCACAGGCGAGGUGGGGGACCUUCCCCCUCAGCACCACCCUGGGCAGCUCCCACACAGGGCCAGCCUUGGGGAUGAGGGGCUGCUCGGGCCGAGGAGGGGCACAGUGGGGCAGGACAGGCUUUGCUGCAGGGGAGCGUGCCCCGGGGAGGCAGACCCUGCAGGGAAUGCCUGGCCCUUUCACGUCCAGGUGCUCCCAGCAAUUAGCCCAGCUGCAGCCCAUCCUGCAAUUACCCCCAAGGCCUUUUUCCUCCUCCGUCCUGGAGGUGCUCGUUUCCUGUGUGGGCUUGCUGGGAGAGGCUGGGCUGGCCUGGCCGGGCUGGCUGUGCAGGGCUGGGGGCUGCCAUGCUGGGCAAAGCUUGUGCCUCGGCCCCCGUGAAAUGGGGUGGCCAGCGAGAGGUCACAGCGGGCUGGCUCUGUGUGCUGGAGGGGUGCUGCGAGGUUAAGUUUGUGACUGCGUGGGAAGUGCUUUGUGGAAAUCGGCUAGUGCCAGAUAAGUAGCCCUGUUGUUUUAAUGACUGCUUCCUCUGGGGGAUUUGUCUGGGAGGGUGGCUGAGGGCAUGGGGAUGGGUGGGAGGUGACGUGUGCCCUGGCCAGAGGGACACCAGGGUGAGGGAUGCUCCCUGCAGCACUGCAUGCCCCUCUGCAGUGCCUCGUCCCUGGCACAGGGCAAAGCCUUGGGCUGCAGCUGACCCUGGGAGCUAUGGGGGUGCCUCUCAGGACCCUCCUUUUGGCUGUUUUCCCUAGUGACCCUCUGCAUUGUAUGGAGGUGGGUUUUUUUGCAUAUUAGUGGAAGAACUAUUCUUAGGGAAAGUACCUAGUGAGCUAACAGUGUGGGUGAUUGCAGGGUACCCCUGUGAUCCCCAAAGCUUUGGGGUAUGGGGGGUCCAGGAGCUGAGCUAGACCAAAUUCCGGGGAGGGGGAGGUUAAAGGAGGCUGUUUGGGUUAGAGUGGUUGUGGCAGCACUGCUCCUUGCCCUCAGGAGAGGCAGAGGCAUGUCUCUUGUGGGAAAGACCCUGCAGCGUGUGUUCUGCUGUAGUGAAGUGCAGAGGGUCCCUUUUCCCGAAGGGCAGAAGCCUGUUGGGGCUCAGAACUGUGUGUGGGUGUGUGUUGCUAUAAUUUCUCCUAUGUCUUGUGUGGUGUUUGGGCUAUGGAAAUAAUUCUUUAGUAGGAGCUUCACCUUUUAGCUAGCUGUGCAGCUGGGCUUCCUGCUGGCUCUGGCAGGUUGCUCGCUCUCUCUUAGCAGGUCAGUGGCUACGGGGAGUGUGAGACGCAUGUUAGUGCUGGCCUUGCUUCCCGAGAGCCUCCCAUGUGCUGCCAAAGUCCAGGUCAGCGCUGCCCAAAUAAUUAAUGUGGUGAUUUUCAGCCCUUCCUGAUCACAGCUGUAUGAAGCACGUGACGCUGUUCCAGCCUGAUGAUGGGAUGGAUGUUAGCAGGAUGUUCAGCUUUGUAGGCUGAACACUCAUGCAAAGGUGAUGCACAAAUGCUUCCUGUACAUAUUCAAAUAUGGGAGCUGCGAGAAAGCAGAUGUCCCUAACCAGUGGCUGCCGGGCAGGAGCCAAGUCCCAGGUGUGGGCUUGCAGGAGCCAGCUCCGGGGAGCGCCUGGCUGCCAGACCCGCGCGUGCGUCUGGGUGUGGGAGGCUGACAAAUGGCCUGUGCUGAACAAUCAGUGGAGGAGCGAACGGGGCCAUAAUGAAUGGCACAGACAGCUCAAGGUCUCGCCAUGGCUCCCCAAGCCUGACCUGGGGCUGGUCGUGCACCCUGUCAGCUUUUAGUUGUUGUUGCUUGUGCUGCUUCCCGUCUUGCUGCAGGUGCUGCCCCAUCCUGGAGGAAGGAGGUUUUGGUGACGGGGGGUGUGUGUGUGUGUUAGGGCUCUCGGUAGAGGCUCAUUCUCUGAGCUAGGAAUGAUGAGGAAACUCACUGGAGAUGCUGAACAGCUAAGGGAGCUAAAAAUGAACUGGUGAGUAGCAUUACUCCCCCUGCACAUGUGCCUCAAAUGGAGAUCUGUGAGGCCCUGUGGGUGCUGUGCCAGCGAGCUCCCUGCCAGCCCCUGCACCCGCUUCAUUCACUGCUGAGUGUAGGAGGGUAGAAACCGCACCUGAGUCCAACACAUUGCGUGCUGGAUAGCGAAAUGCUGUAGCAGUUUUUGUGGCUGGAAGAUUCCCAUUAGCAGGCUGGCUUGUGCUGUCAUCCUGCAGCAGCUGCUGGGGAGGAAGGGGGCAGAUGCCUGGCACGUGGCUGGGGCUCCCCAGAGCCUGGGAUUUGCUUGUUGCCUUGGGUAUGGGUCUGAAUACCAAUUGCCUUGCUAAGUAUCAGCUAACAUCUGUAUACGGAUGUAGGUGGCGAUUGAAAUGCACCUCAAUUUCUAGAGGGAUGCGUGGGCACCGGGUGUGCAUCAGCUGCUGCUUCAUCACCUCUCGGGACGCUGAUGGCACGGCCAAGGGUACAAGUGAGGCAGCAGCGAGGGGUGUGGGGCUGGGGAGGAGCACGUGCACGUGUGGGAGGGCUGUGUGCCGGGGACACCCACGCACCGUGACAGAGCUGCUGAGGCGGCCUGGGAACGGGCUGAGUAGGGGGUGGUGACGAUGGAGCUCGCAGCACUGAGGAAGGGGAAGCACAUCAUCAGAGAGGAGGAGGAGGAAAGGCCAUGGUGUGUCAGACCCGCACAGCACGGGCACAGCGUUCAUUCCUGCCUCUGCUCUUGGCUUUUUGGCACUGAGGUCUGGGCAGGUGCACAUACACAGAUUAGGUGACAGCCGGCGCCUCGUGCUCAUCGGCAAAAGGAAGGGUAUC